AUGGGAGGGGGGCUCCUGGGGGUUGGGUCCCCGCUCAGCACCCAGCAGCUGCAGUGGGACCUGCUGGAGAGGUCUGGGGACGAGCGCGGGGUGGCGGGGGACGAGCUGCCCGGCCGCUACGUCGCCGACGAGGGCAGCGGGAGGCUCUUCAGGCGAGGACGGCUCCUGGGGGAGGGGGCUUUCGGGCGCUGCUACCGGCUGACGGAGGUGGCCAGCGGCAGGGUCUACGCCGCCAAGGUGAUCCCACGGGCUCGGCUCGCGGCGCUGGGGAUGGCGGAGAGGGUGGAGCGGGAGCAGGAGCUGCAGGGCCGCCUGUGCCACUGCCACGUCGUGCGCCUGCACGGGCACUUCGCCGACCGCGGCCACCUCUACCUGCUGCUGGAGCUCUGCGGCCGGAGGUCCCUCGCCGACAUCCUGCGGGCCCGGGGGACGCUGACGGAGCCGGAAGCGCGGUACCACCUGCGGCAGGGCAUCGCGGGGCUGCGCUACCUCCACGGCCAGGGCGUCGUGCACCGGGACCCGAAGCCGAGUAACGUGCUGGUGACCGAGAGGAUGCAGGUGAAGAUCAGGGACCCGGGGCUGGCUCGGCAGGAGGCGGCGGGCAGCCGGUGCUGGGGGGCGCUCUGCGGGACGCCCAGCUACAUGGCCCCGGAGGUGGUGGACCGAAAGCGCCACGGCCUGGCCUCGGACGUCUGGGCCCUGGGCUGUGUCAUGUACGCGGUGCUGACGGGCAGCCCCCCGUUCGAGGCGGCCGAGCGGCAGGAGCUGUACGGGCGCAUCCGCACGGCGCAGUACCCGCUGCCUGGCCGCCUCUCGCCCCGAGCCCGAGCCCUCCUGGGGCGCCUGCUGGUCCCCGAGCCCGCGGCACGAGCCAGCCUCGGGGAGGUGCUGGACCACGGCUUCUUCACCCAGGUAUAA